AACGUGAAGUAGCUGUAGCUGUGACAGGUACAGUGAGUCCGGUCCGUGGAGCUCCAUCUCCCGCUGCUGCUGCCGACCCUCCGGUGGUCCCCUCCCCGCAGACCGACCCUCCGGUGCCCGGCAGACCGAGCCCCCCCUCCGCCCCGCAGAGAGGGCUCCUCCGCCGCCUCGCAGCGCCGCUCGGCCCUCGGACUGCCCGCGGCUCGCGUCCUCUGCUCGGCCAGGUCCAGUCUCUCCCAGCCAGCUGUGGUUCUCCAGUAGAACAUAUUGUGAUGUUUGGUUCUUCUCCAGGUCCAGGUUCUCCCAGCCAGCUGUGGAUCUUCAGCCCCUCCGGCAGGACGGUGGCAGAGGCAGAGCCGGAGCCGGGGACCAGACCAGCAGGGCUCCAUGAGCGCCACGGGGCAGCAGCAGCAGCAGCCAGGGGGGGCCCUGCGCUCUCGCCGGGGCCUCGGCCGGGACAAGGACCCCGGCCACGGCGUGGUGGGCAUGGAGGCCUCCUGCUGGCUGGCCCCCGGGGUCCUCCGGAGGCUGAUCGAGCUGCCCUCGCCCCCCCUGUCCCGACACCAGCUCAAGAGACUGGAGGAGCACAGGUACAGCAGUGCUGGCCGCUCCCUGCUGGAGCCUCUGAUGCAGCGUUACUGGGAAUGGUUGGUGGGACGAGUCCCGUCCUGGAUCGCCCCAAACCUGAUCACCAUCAUCGGACUGGCCACCAACGUCUUCACCACCCUGGUGCUCAUCUACUACUGUCCCACCGCCACUGAACAGGCUCCUCUGUGGGCCUACCUGCUGUGUGCUGUAGGUCUGUUUAUCUACCAGUCUCUGGACGCCAUCGAUGGGAAGCAGGCCCGCCGCACCAACAGCAGCUCGCCACUGGGAGAACUCUUCGACCACGGCUGUGACUCGCUCUCCACCGUGUUUGUGGUGCUGGGAACCAGUAUAGCGGUGCAGAUGGGAACCAACCCAGACUGGAUGUUCUUCUGCUGCUUCGCUGGGAUGUUCAUGUUCUACUGCGCCCACUGGCAGACCUACGUAUCGGGGACGCUGCGCUUCGGCAUCAUUGAUGUGACUGAGGUGCAAAUCUUCAUAAUAAUCAUGUAUUUGCUGGCCGCCGUGGGAGGAUCUGCUUUUUGGCAGUCACUGAUUCCGAUCCUUAAUAUCCAGAUGAAAAUGGUUCCUGCCAUCUGCACUUUUUUAGGAGCCAUCUUCUCCUGCACCAAUUACUUCAGAGUUAUAUUUACAGGAGGAGUCGGCAAAAACGGAUCCACGAUAGCUGGAACCAGCGUCCUGUCUCCAGUCUUACAUAUUGGUUCUGUUAUAAUUUUGGCGAUGAUGAUUUAUAAGAAGUCUGCUGUCCAGCUCUUUGAGAAACAUCCGUGUCUUUAUAUCCUGGCGUUCGGCUUCGUCUCCGCCAAAAUCACCAAUAAACUAGUUGUAGCUCAUAUGACUAAGAGUGAGAUGCAUCUCCAUGACGUAGCCUUCCUGGGACCAGGUCUCCUGUUCCUGGAUCAGUAUUUCAAUAGUUUUAUUGACGAGUACCUGGUGCUGUGGAUUGCAUUGAUGAUCUCCCUGGUGGACCUGGUGCGUUACUGUGUCAGUGUGUGUAACCAGAUCGCCUGCCAUCUGCACAUCUUCGUCUUUAAGAUCAAGCCUUGUUCAGUCCUGAGUCCAGCUGCUCACUGAGGACUCCUGGUUCUCCUCUGGUUCUCCUCUGGUUCUCCUGCUCCUCUGCUCCUCCUCUGCUCCUCCUCUGCUCCUCCUCUGCUCCUCCUCUGCUCCUCCUCUGCUCCCCCAGGGACCAGGACCACCACAGGAUGUGCUUCUGCCAACUGAAUGUGAGGACACGUGAUAAUAAUAAUAAUCUAUAAUAUUCAGAUCCUGGAGUAUUACUGUCAUCCUUAGUUUCAUCUUCUGCUCCUCAUCAGAAGAAUUCUCCUUCUGAUCAACUCUGGAGAUCAAUAAAUGUUUGAGGUGCUACUCACAACGUUACAGCAGAGAAAGAAACGACUUCAAUGUGUUUUAACUGUUUGUGUGCAAAGGAAAAAAUGUUGUAUAGGAAAAAAUGAAUCAAAUGAAUCUCUUUGCUUUUCAUGAUUAUAAUUUUUGUAAUAUUUGCAUAACUUUACCUUUUUGCUAUUGUAAAUACCAAACUGUUACAGUGUCUGUGCUUUUUCUUUUAAGUUAAACAAAAAAAAUCCUGCUUUGACACAUUUAUAAACUUCAUGUCUAUGAUUUUUAAUAUCUCCUGCACAUUACACACGACUGUGAUCAGAGGAAAAUUAUUAUAAUAACUCAUGUGGUUUUUUGGAGGAAACUUAAUGCCGACUUCAGAAUGUUGUUAUUGAACAAAACUGCAACAAAA